AUGGAGGACUCCGAUGAGAAGGGGGAGGCGAAAGAGGGCACCUGCAGCUUCCUCACCUCGCGGUGCCGGCUCCUGACGCGAAACCCGCAGCUCUGGAAGGUGCUCGUGGCCUCUGGCCUGCAGAUGGCAGCGGCCACCCUGCCGGACACCUUCGUGCUUUCCUUGCUUCGAGCCCGGGUCUGGGGCAAUCACAUGUCCGAGUACAUGUCAUACGCAGCAAUCGGGAUCAAUUCCGUGGCUGUGAUCUUCGGUGGGCCCUAUGGUCGUUUUAGGCCUUCUGAUCAGCACCGUGGUGAAGGUGGUUGGGUCCUACGGCCUCACCAGCAACGUGAUGCUGGCGCUCAUCAACGACGUCACCGCCGCAGAGGUGAUCUUCAUUUUCGCCCACCUUCAACGUCAACGACGUUGGAGGCGCUUCAGAGCUCGCUUGCCUCGUUCGAUGACGAGAAGGUGGCGCAGCUGUGGGACCGCAUCAACUACCUGGAGAAAUGUUGCAGGAAUUUCCAGAAGAAGCUGGAUGCACGACCCAUCAUUGCCAAGCGCCAACAGGCACAGGGCCGCUGA